CUUCUUUCUUUCUUUCAUUAAAGUCAUUGCUUAGUAUGUCUAAACUUAGACAGAGAAAAAAAGUGUCUGUCAAAGAAUCUCGCCAAGAAGCCGAGACUGUCAGAAAGCAACAGGUGACAUGUCAGGAACGCGAACUUAUCAUAGCAACCAUGUUGUUCCUUAUUUCGAUUCCUGUUCGAUUUCAACAUUUGGGCUUUCCUUCACGUAUAGUUUUUGAUGAAGUUCAUUUUGGUAAAUACAUUACUGAAUAUAUGACUCGCUCCUUCUUUUUUGAUAUUCAUCCGCCUCUGGCAAAAUUACUGUUGGCUCUUGUUGCUUGGAUGUCAGGAUACAAAGGUGAUUUUGAUGUGGAUGAAGUGGGGAGUGUUUAUACAGAGCAAAUUCCCUUUGUUGCUAUGCGCACAACAAGCGCCUUGAUGGGCGCACUUGUUGUCCCCCUUGCUUACACAACGAUGCGUGAUGCUGGACAUUCUCAUAUCGCUGCUAUUAUCGUUGCCUUGGCAGCCUGUUUUGAAAAUGGGUGGAUAACCAAUCACCGCUUCAUCCUAUUGGACUCUUAUUUGUUACUUUCUGUCGCAUUUGCCGUUUUUGCUUGGAUUAGGUUUUCUAAGCAACAGGCUUUUCAUCAGAGUUGGUGGAUUUGGUUGUUAUGGACAGGUGUUGGAUUAGGUUGUGCAAUCAGUGUUAAAUGGAUUGGUUUCUUUACUGUGGGUCUCAUUGGCAUGUGUGCUCUUAAACAGCUAUGGGAGAUUCUCGGUGAUCUUCAAGUCAGCAAGAGCCAGUAUGUAGCUCACUUUACAUCUCGCAUGCUGUGUUUGAUGGGCGUGCCUUUGGCUAUCUACAUGACAACAUUUUAUGUUCAUUUUGCUAUUCUGAAUAAAUCUGGUACUGGAGAUCAUUUGAUGCAAUUUGAGACACAGAAUGAAUUAAAAGGAAUAGAGCCUGUCGAUGCACCUCUUGCUAUUACUUAUGGAUCACUUAUUACGAUGCGCCAUCUCAAAACCAUGGGCGGAUAUCUUCAUUCUCAUCUUGCCAACUAUCCAGAAGGAUCCCUUCAACAACAAGUCACACUCUAUCCUUUUAAAGACGACAAUAACUGGUGGAGAAUAUUAAAAGCAAAUGAAAGCAAGCCAGUCAUUCAAGAUGUAUUGGCAAACGACAAUCAAACUUGGUUGGAAUAUGUACGUCAUGGUGAUACUAUUCGCCUUGAGCAUGUCAAGACAGUACCUCGUAAAUUGCAUAGUCAUGAUUUUGCUGCUCCUAUUACAGAUACAGACUAUCAUAAGGAAGUCAGCGCUUAUGGCUAUCCAGGAUUUGAAGGUGAUUCUAAUGACUAUUGGCAAGUUCAGAUAGAAGCCAAUACCAAAUACUCCAACGCUGGUAAACAACUUGAACCGCGUCGUAGUCAUUUCCGCUUGUUACACACAAAUCAAAACUGUCAUCUGUAUUCUAAUUUUCAUCGACUUCCUGAAUGGGGUUUCCAUCAACAAGAAGUCUCUUGUAUAUCAGAAGGCCUGAAAGAUACAGCCAUGUGGAUGGUCAUUGACACACAAAACUCUCUCUUGCCCUUCAAUACUACCAUGCUUCCUGAACAUCGUCCCAACUUUCUAGAAAAGUUUGUUCACAUCAACAAGGCAAUGUGGACUGUUCAUCGUGAACUUGAAAAGGAAGAAGAAAAAGAAGAAGACGCUGAUCAAAGCAAACCCUAUGCAUGGCCUUUUCUUUUAGCAGGUCGACAUCUUUUCAUUGACGAGACAUACCAAAUCAUUUUAUUAGGUAACCCUGUUGUCUAUUGGUCAUCUGCCGUUGCUGUCAUGACGCUGUUGAUCUUCUUUGGAGUGAUUCAAUUAAGAGAAAAGCGGGGAUAUCGCGGCAUGCGUGCAUUUGACGAGACCUAUGCUAGUUUCUUUGUGUUGGGUUGGGCAAUGCAUUAUCUUCCCUUCCUCCGAAUGGGCCGACCAUUAUCGUUGCACCAUUACAUGUCUGCUCUUUAUUUCGCCAUGCUGGCCUUAGGUGUCUGUCUUGACUUUUUAUUGAAACGCAUGCCUCGUGUUGUUCAAGCUGCUGUGUGUGUGCUUUUCGUCUUGACCAUAAUUUACUAUUACUGUCUUUUCUACCCCAUUACCUAUGGUGAUACCUGGACUGUGGAGGAAUGCCAAAACGCUUCUUUGCUCAAGAGUUGGGACUUGAAUUGUAAUCGCUAUAUUGCCUUUGAUGCUGAGGAGGAACCUAUUGAGGAAGAAAUUGCUCAUGUAGACCCUGUUUCAUUGGCUGCGCCUACUAUAUUAACAAAUAUAAUUGAAGAACAACCUUUGGAUUCAUUGAUGUUUGAAGAGAAAGAUUAUGCAUUUUCUAAUGAAGACUCCGAUGAUGAGGAAGAAGACGACGAAGAAGACGACCAUGAAGAAGAAGAGGAAGACGAAGACGAAAAUGAAGAUAAUCAAAUUCGAGACGAACCCACAGAAGCACCCGAUAUUUCUGAACCGGAACCUGAGUUUAUUGAUGGCAAAGAGGUUUUCCCUGAAGAAGAUGAAGAUGAAGAUGAUUACUGGCCAAAGACGACCUAUGGCCUUGACCCUGAAAAUUGGCUUAACCCUGAGCCAUUUAAAACAAGAGAUAUUCCUGUAUUUUUAGUAUUUCCUUAACCUAUACGCCAACGACUCCAUUUGAAACCUUUUCUCUUUUCACUAUAGGGUAUCUUAUUUUGUAUGCCUUUCUCUAUUUCAUUCUUUAACUGUGCUUAUAAACUCUAAUGAAAAAAAAAACAAAAAGAAAACAAAGGAGAUACGGAGGUGCCGAAAAGGAGCAGUUUAUUUGCUUUUGAAAGCUCAUCGGCGCCGAAGAAUACAUCAAUGGCGCCGAAAGUGUACAAAGGGCGCCGAAAGUGUACAAAGGGCGCCGAAA